AUCAUCUCUUCCCUCUCCCCCGCUUUCUAUUUUCCAUCGUCAAUACCACGCUUCUAUCCCAUCCGUCGGCUCUUGCUAUACAUAUGGGAGGAGCCUCGCGGAUGCCAAUCCAAGGGCAUCCACGAAGCCCAGCUCGCACCCCAUUCUCUCUCUCCCCGUCUCCCACAUCUCUCCACCUCGUCUCAUAAACCCUAUGCGCAAGAAGGAAAGCAUAAAGUAAACGGAGAAAAACGAGAUCAAUCGUGCGACGACGAAGAAGAGGAACAGGAAAGCUAAGAGCCUCUGAUUCCCCUUCUCUCCUCCUCUUCCUUCAUUUCUGCGAUCUCUUGCCGCGCCGCAAGAUCCCUAUCGCGUGCUGCUCUAUAUGCUUCCAAGAAAGAGAUUUGUGGAAGCCGAGGUUGAAGACGAGGUCGCGGACGCAGGCUUGCGGAAGAAGACGAGGUCGGACUGCUUGAUCUCUUCGGCUUCUAGGGCAGCGGCAGCGGAGGAGGGCAACCACAGCGGGUCAGCCAACGGUAUGGACAUGGAGUGCGACGCCAACGGGAGCAACCCUCCGGAGAUCGACGAGGAUCUCCACAGCAGGCAGCUCGCCGUCUACGGGAGGGAGACGAUGCGCCGGCUUUUCGCCUCCAACGUUCUCAUCUCCGGGCUUAACGGCCUCGGAGCGGAGAUAGCAAAGAAUCUUGUUCUUGCUGGUGUGAAAUCUGUGACCCUGCAUGAUGAAGGGAAUGUAGAUAUGUGGGAUUUAUCCAGCAACUUUUUCUUCUCUGAGGGUGAUGUUGGUGAGAACCGUGCUCUUGCUUGUGUCCAGAAGCUGCAAGAGCUCAACAAUGCUGUUAUAAUUUCUACCCUAACUGAAACUUUGUCCAAAGAGCAUCUCUCUAAUUUCCAGGCAGUAGUUUUUACUGAUAUUAGCUUGGAAAAAGCAAUUGAGUAUGAUGAUUACUGUCGCAGUCAGCUGCCUCCAAUUGCCUUCAUUAAAUCUGAAGUACGAGGCCUUUUUGGGAGUGUAUUUUGUGAUUUUGGUCCAGACUUCACAGUGUUUGACGUUGAUGGUGAGGAACCACAUACAGGUAUUAUUGCAUCCAUCAGCAAUGACAAUCCUGCACUUGUUUCAUGUGUUGAUGAUGAGCGGCUCGAGUUCCAGGAUGGGGAUCUUGUUGUGUUUUCUGAGGUCCAUGGAAUGACAGAGCUAAAUGAUGGAAAGCCUAGAAAAGUUAAGAAUGCAAGACCAUAUUCAUUUACUCUUGAAGAAGACACAACACAGUUUGGUGCAUAUACUAAGGGGGGUAUAGUUACACAAGUAAAGCAACCCAAGGUCCUCCAGUUCAAAUCUUUAAGAGAUGCUCUCAGGGAUCCAGGGGAUUUCCUUCUCAGUGACUUCUCCAAAUUUGACCGUCCACCUUUACUACACUUAGCUUUUCAAGCAUUGGAUAAGUUUAGGCAUGAUUUGGGGCGAUUUCCUGUUGCUGGAUCUGAGGAUGAUGUUCAGAAGCUAAUAGCUUUGGGUGUCCAUAUCAAUGAAAGCUUGGGUGAUGGUAAGCUGGAACAGAUUGAUAAGAAGCUUCUGCACCAUUUUUCCCAUGGUUCAAGGGCCAUUUUGAAUCCUAUGGCUGCAAUGUUUGGUGGCAUUGUUGGGCAAGAAGUUGUUAAAGCCUGCUCUGGGAAAUUCCAUCCACUUUUCCAGUUCUUUUAUUUCGAUUCAGUCGAAUCCCUGCCUACUGAACCUCUGGAGCCUAGUGACUUAAAGCCAAUGAACUGCCGCUAUGAUGCUCAAAUCUCUGUGUUUGGAUCAAAACUUCAAAAGAAACUUGAAGAGGCCAAAAUAUUCAUGGUGGGUUCUGGUGCUCUUGGAUGUGAAUUUCUGAAGAACUUAGCAUUAAUGGGAGUUUGUUGCAGCCAGAAAGGGAAGCUAACCAUAACAGAUGAUGAUGUUAUUGAAAAGAGUAAUCUUAGCCGUCAAUUUCUCUUCCGUGAUUGGAAUAUUGGGCAGGCUAAAUCCACUGUAGCUGCUUCUGCUGCCAUGGCAAUCAAUCCAGCUCUCCAUAUCGAGGCUCUUCAAAACAGAGCAAGCCCAGAGACAGAAAAUGUGUUUGAUGAUGCUUUUUGGGAGAGCUUGGAUGCUGUUAUUAAUGCAUUGGACAAUGUGACUGCAAGAAUGUACAUUGACUCUAGGUGCUUAUACUUUCAAAAGCCACUUCUGGAAUCUGGAACUCUAGGUGCCAAGUGUAACACACAGAUGGUCAUUCCUCACUUGACUGAGAAUUAUGGGGCCUCCAGAGAUCCACCUGAGAAACAGGCUCCUAUGUGCACAGUUCACUCUUUCCCUCAUAACAUUGAUCACUGCCUAACAUGGGCCCGAUCUGAGUUUGAGGGUUUGCUCGAGAAAACACCUAAUGAAGUAAAUACAUUUCUAUCCAACCCAAGUGCAUAUGCUUCUGCCAUGAAAAGUGCAGGUGAUGCACAGGCUAGGGAUCUACUUGAACGUGUUCUUGAAUGCCUUGACAGAGAUAGAUGUGAAACAUUCCAAGAUUGCAUCUCCUGGGCACGACUGAAGUUCGAGGACUACUUUUCUAAUCGGGUGAAGCAGUUAACAUUUACUUUCCCUGAGGACUCAGCCACCAGCACAGGUGCGCCAUUCUGGUCUGCUCCUAAACGUUUUCCAAGGCCUUUGCAGUUCUCAUCUAGUGACCCCAGUCACCUCCAUUUCGUGAUGGCUGCUGCUAUAUUAAGAGCGGAGACAUUUGGAAUUCCCAUACCUGAUUGGGCCAAGAACCCAAAGAAAUUGGCUGAUGCUGUUGAUGCGGUUAUAGUCCCUGAUUUUCUGCCCAAGACGGGAGUUAAAAUUGUAACAGAUGAGAAAGCCACUAGCCUGUCCGCUGCCUCCAUUGAUGAUGCUGCUGUCAUCAAUGAUCUCAUUGCAAAGCUGGAAGAGUGUGCUAAGAAGCUGCCCCCUGGAUUCCGGAUGAACCCAAUUCAGUUUGAGAAGGAUGAUGAUACAAACUACCAUAUGGACUUCAUAGCUGGUCUUGCUAAUAUGCGUGCACGGAACUAUAGUAUUCCAGAAGUUGAUAAACUGAAGGCCAAGUUCAUUGCUGGGAGGAUUAUCCCAGCCAUCGCCACUUCCACGGCCAUGGCAACUGGUCUUGUCUGCCUUGAGCUUUACAAGGUUCUUGCUGGUGGGCAUAAGUUGGAGGACUACCGAAACACUUUUGCUAACCUUGCGCUCCCUCUGUUCUCUAUGGCUGAGCCAGUGCCACCCAAGACCAUUAAGCACCGGGACAUGAGCUGGACAGUCUGGGAUCGCUGGAUCAUCAAAGGUGAUCUUACCCUCAGGGAGCUCCUUCGAUGGCUCGAGGACAGGGGUCUAAAUGCCUACAGCAUCUCUUGUGGUACUUCUUUGCUUUACAAUAGCAUGUUUCCAAGGCACAAGGAUCGGAUGGACAAGAAAGUGGUUGAUGUGGCAAAGGAGGUUGCUAAAGUGGAGGUGCCACCAUACAGGCGCCAUCUGGAUGUCGUGGUGGCAUGUGAGGAUGAUGAGGACAAUGACAUUGAUAUUCCACUAAUUUCUAUUUACUCUCCGUAAUUUAGUCUUCCAGAUCAAAUGAAACCUGACAUGUUAGAAUCCUAUUCUUGUCUGUUUAGUGUAAUGUAGUUGGAGAAAAUGGAUGAUUCUCAGUUUCUACCGACAAUUGUAUCCAGAACAAGGCGUGAGAACUUGUAUCUCUGAUAUUCCCUGUAAUCUUGUUUGCGUGAGUUAAUAUAUACUCUAAACUUUCAAAGAGUCAUCUUAGAAUUUC